GCAGCUAGCUAGCUCAACCUUCCUCUCUCGAGCUCUCAAUUAAUAAACGAAGAGUACGGUAGAGGCUAAUGGAGGAUGAUCAUCACACUCCAGAUUAUGAAGAUCAUCAUACUCCAGAUUACGAAGACCACCCCCACGAUGAACAACCUGAAGCUCAUGUGGAGGUACAAGUCGAACAAUAUCAAUAUCAACAAGUAGCGCUUGAAAUUAGCGACAAUAGUGGAAACUACGACCAAAACCAGCAGCAGCAACAACAACAACAGCAGCAGCCACAACCUCCACCACAAGGAGGCCAACAACAACAACAGUUCUUCCAGCAGAAGCAGCAGCCGCCGCCGCGUCAACCAUCUUAUCAGCCGCCUGUACAAUUCCCACCACAACAACCACCACCGCGGCCGAUCCAAUACUUGGCUCCACAGCCGCCUCGCCCUGUGCCAUUCCCUCCUCAGAGCCCACAAAACCAAAACUACGCAAACCAGCCUCCUCCUCCAGGACCUCCACAACAGUUCCCACCACAAAACCCUCAGUUUCAAGCUCAACAGCCGCCUUAUCAGCCACAGCCACCUCAACAGUUUCCACCACAGAAUGCGACCCCUAACCAACAAAACAACCCUUUUGGACAACCACCUUCUCCGGCAAAAUAUCCUCCGCAACCACCUUCUCCGGUGAAAUAUCCUCCACAACCACCAUCUCCGGCACAAUAUCCUCCUGCAGCAGGUUCGUCUCAGCCUCCUCAAGGCUACAAUGACAUUCCCCAACCUUCAAAGCAGCAUCAGGCGCCGCCUCCGGUGCAAGUGGGCUAUAAUAAGCCUCAGCCACCCCAACAGUACCACCAGCAGCAACAAUACCAACCACAACCACCACAGCAGAAUCAUUAUGCGGCUGCUCCUUCUCCGGCUCAAGGAGUUCCGAUGCAGGCCCCUUACGGGCCGCAGGGAACGCCUAUGACUAUGAAUAUGAUGAACCCGAUUGGCACUGAGGCUUGGAAAACCGGGCUCUUUGAUUGCAUGGAUGAUCCUAAUAAUGCUCUCAUAACGUUAUUCGUACCAUGCUUGACUUUCGGCCAGAUAGCAGAAGUUGUGGAUAAUGGCACUACCUCAUGUGGUACGAGCGCAUUGCUGUACGGCUUGGUUGGAGCGUUCAUCGGAGUGCCAUUCAUAAUGUCAUGCACUUAUCGCACGAAGAUUCGGAGCAAGUAUGGGCUAGUUGAGACCCCUGCACCUGACUGGGUCACCCAUUUGUUUUGCGAGCCAUGUUCUCUUUGCCAAGAGUACAGAGAACUUAAUUUGAGAGGGCUAGACCCUUCUAUAGGAUGGCAAGGAAAUGUGGCAAGGGCAAUGCAGCAGCAACAACCUAAGAUGAUGACGCCUCCAGUGAACCAAAUGAUGAGGUGAUCAAUCAGUUGAUACUGAUCGAGUGAUCCGUUCAGAAAGUUUUUAAUUUCAGCAAAUGUUCAUGCCUCAAUUAAGCUUAGAUUUUUUUCUGUUUUUUUUUUCAUGUGAUGUUUUCAAUUACUAAUAAGGUGGAUGCCAUGUAUGAAAAUGUAGUGGUUCAUCCUUGUAAUAUCCUGAACGGUUUGCCAUUUUUCAUUUACUUGAAUAUUAUAGAGUG